CAACGUGAGAUUUUUUUUUGCGGGGUAACUCGGUGCCUUUAUAAUUUCUUUGCAUCAAGUUUAAACUUUAGGAUGGCUAAUCCUAUCUUGCCAUAUAGUGUAAUUUCGUGGUGUAUCUCAAUAUGGUCACCACAUCUCUUGCCUUUCUUCAUACUGAUCUUAUAGCAUAGUUUAAAUCAGUAGAGAUCAUUGGUAUAGUCUCGAUCACUUUCUUUCAAGGUCUUAGGCAAUUUUUCUUUCAAAAUCUGAAGGAACUUGUUUCCUUCUAGUUUGUCCAUUGUUUCUUAUUUGGAAACCAUUCAUUAUAACUCAAUGGACCACGUUUUCUUUGGGUGUAUAUAAUGCCUUAUAGGCAAAUGCCUUAACCAUAGUUUCUUUACUAUGCUUGCUAUACCAUUCAUGGUUUCUUAGUUGGUUUUAUGCCCUUUAGGCAACACUUUAAAACAUUCAUAUGUUCAAGUAAGAUCAGGCAAGAUUCAAUAAACUUAAAACCAAUUCCAUUGUAUAUAAAAAUCGUGAAUGAUCCUUAGGUUAAAACACAAUUGCAAUCAUAAAGCAAUAAGACUAGUCGUAUCGAAAAUUUGGUCCUUUUGAAAAUCAGAUCAGUAUAAGUGGUGAAGCUUUAAACAAGACUAAGAUUUUCGGCCACAAAAUCUCAGCAUCGAGACUGUCUUAAACAAGACUGAGUUGUACUCAUCCAUGACUUUGUAAUCCAAGAAUCUUAGAUUCUUCUAGUCAUUUCUAGCCUUUGGAAGCAACACCGUUUUAUGGUGGUAAUUUCUAUGCUGUAAAGCAUCCCAAAAAUCUAGUGGAUUUUCCAUAGUGAUGUACUGAUCUUUUAGACCUUCAGUGAGAUGAUGGAAUCCUGUACCAAUUCAUUCUCAUUGUUUUCCUUGGUGAUUGUAUCACCAAAUCCCUUUUCGAUAUCUGAGUCACAUUGUCUUUUAAAAUUUAGGUUCACAAUGUGGCUCAUGCAGCCGCAUGAUAUAGCAAGCUCGGCCACAAACAAGUUCUUACGCAUCUAUGAAAACAAUCGAUCAUGGUGUGAGUCAGGUCACACGGCCAUGUCUUGUGAUGCUUAGGCCUCACGACCAUCUUAGUGUGAUACAGCAAUCUUAGAGAUUUGUUCAUGAUACAAUCCGGUUUAUAUAUCAAUCCGGAUAUAAGGCCAUACGGCUUUGCAAUGUAAUGCCUUAGACUUUCACGAUUAUUAUGUGAUACAGCGAUCUUAAGGAUCGGAUCAUGAUGCAGUCCGGGUCAUGUGACUAUCCGGAUGCUAGGCCACACGGCCUCUUAGAUAUGUAUUAAGCCACACGGCUUUCAAUCUAUCAAGGGCACAAGGCCACGUGUGUGUGCAAUGCAUUAGACCUUGCGGUCGUCCAAUAUGAUUCAUGACAAAACACAAUGCCACACAAGUUUACCAAUUUCAAGGUUGGUAAUGUUUCAACUAGAUUUUAGGAUCAAUCAAUCUAGCAACCUAACUCUCAUUCGAUAACAAUAUUAAAACUUUUCAAUCUUUUAAAGUUUUAAGGUUUCAAGGCCUUUAGAUUUUUAAAAUCGAGGUUAGGGUUUUUAAAACUUUCAAGUAACCGAUUAAGGGUUUCAAGGCCUUUAAGGAUUUCGAAUUUAGAGAUUUGAUCUAUCAAUCAAUCUAUCAAUCCUAAACCUCAAUCAAUCAAGAUUUCAAUCAAGCAAGAGCACUUUUAAAGUCGGAUUCUACCUUUUAAGGUUUAGGGUUUUGAUUCCAGAUUUAGAGUUUCUUGUAAUUUAAAUCAGAAACUAUAGAACAAUCAAACAUGUUCUAGUUGGAAUCGAUUUCAAUCUAGUGAUUAUGAGAUGAUCAAUUUUAACUCCUAUUAAUUCUAGGGUUUGAUCAAGAACUUUUAGAUUGAUCGGUAUACCUCUGUUUGUAGGGUUGAACCGGACCACCAAGAUGGACGGACAAAUCUCGGACGCGUGCUGUCUAUUUCGCGAAUGCAAGCUGAUCUGGAUUGCGAGCUGUCUCACUUGGAUCGUGGACUGGCUUUGUUUUGAACAGGGAGAUGAGGACGUCUAGGAUCAGAAACACCUUAGGGCUGGAUCUGAUCGGAUGUAAGCAAGCCAGAACUCAAGCAAGAACAAUUUAGGGUUCUUCGCACUAACUCCUCUUCAGCUCAUGAAACAAUAAAACAAAGAGUAUUAGAUUACAUGAACAUCAUAAUCUAAACAAUAUAUCAUCAAAUAACUAAGGUAUGAUGAACUGAUCUUUCACAAGAUUUGAAUUUGGCUAGAAAAUCUUGUUUGCUCGGAUUAGGGUUCCAAGAACUAAGUCGGCGCCGUGUAUUGUUGCUGCGAGUGUGGGCGCGUAUGAGAUCGGAUCGACAAACGGUUUGCGCUGAUGGAUUCGUCUCGUCAAGAGCUUCAAUUUGAUAUGUGGCUCGUCGUCUGGUUCGUCGGGGUUGGAGAGAUCGAUCGAUUUGAAGUUCCGCCUGAUUUAGGGUUUAUGUGUGACGGAUUUUAGGUUAUGGUUUUGUCUCAGGGUCUGGAGACUAUCGUGCUGAUAACAUGUUGUGAACAAUAGAUAAUUCGUGUGUAAUUGUUCUGUCUCAUUAUUAAUCAUAAAAGGGGUUCCUUAUAUAAGGAUUACAAAAUAGAGAUAAAUGGAAAGAGUACUUAUCCUAAUCCUACAUGAAAUAGGAAAUCUACUAAAUACAUAGAAAAAAGGAAAACAUCCUAAUACUAAAUCGGCUAGGUGAUUGGCCGACUCUCUCUCCUCCUUGCCUUGCUGCGGUCGUCUCUAUCUCUCUUAGGAUUGGGUCGUCCUUCUCUCUCUAUGGGCCGGUUACAUACCGGGUCUGGUUAUGGUAAUCCACACAUUGUUUAUAACAGUGAUGACAGGCUUUUUCUUUAUUUUACCAAUUCCACAUUCCGAUGUUCACACUUCACAGACUCGAAUUUUGUUGUAAACCAUUUGUUGACAUGACCAUGUGGAUAAUGGUUUCCUCCAAAAUUCAAAAUAAUAGAACUAUUUUUUUUUUGUCAACUAAUAGUACUAUUUUCUAUUAGUUGAUUUCUUGUUGUGUUGCUUCAGUUUAUUUAUACGAUUUCCUAGAAUAUUGAAAAAUUAACUUGACCUAAAAAAAUAUAGCACUACUACAAUUUAUUUUACUAUGUCUCUACUUUAUUUGAGUGAUUUUCAUAGAUAAAUGACAACGAUGAACGAUCCUUCCCUUAUUAUUGGAUAAUUAAAUGUGAUAAUUGGCUUUUAGCUAUUGAGUUCUUAUUACCACCAAAAAGAAAGAAGGAAGCCAUAACUUAAUUCAUUAGCCUUUUUCUACGUUCCUCGAAACUGCUAGGUAGCACUAGCUCCCUGAAUCAAGCAUUGGCCACCACACCAAGAUUUGUAAUUUUCCAGUAAAAGAUUUUAUUAAAAAUAAAGCAAAAAAAGUUAGGUGACCUAAUAAGAGACCUCUCCUUAAUAACGCAAUGAUCAAUUAAUUAUAAGUGAUUAAUCAUUUAACUAAGCCUUAACCAACACAACUACUAUAUUUUUCCCUUGCAUGUUUUAAGCUAAUGAUGGUAGGCGCUCUCUCUAGUUGAGCCAAAUCUCUUUAGCAAUCAUUCCUCCUACGUUUUGACUGUGAAUUCGAUUUUAAAAUUUUAUUGAGCUCCAUGGAAAAAUAUAAUCAUAAAUUGAGGGAGUUUAUGGUUAAAUCUGAGAGAGUGUAGCUUAAUGGUGUCUCUGUUCUUCAUCACAUACCAGAAAAAAAAGAAAUGUCUCAAAUGAUUCAUCAAAUCCACCUCAAAAACCAAGACUCGAUCCAAAUCUCACCUGCUCCUGCUCCUCCUCCCCUCACCGCGAAUCACUCAUCUAAUCGAAUAAGCCCAAUCCUUCUCUUCAUCAUCGUUCUCCUCUCCGUCGUCUUCUUCACCUGCAGCAUCCUACAUUUAACGGUCAAAUGUUACUUAAAGAAGAAAAGAUCGAGACUUUCUUCCUCGGCGGCGGAUUCCGAUCGAAACCCAGAACUCUCCGACUCCUCCGACACUUACCAGAGACAGCUCCAGCAGCUGUUCCAUCUCCACGACUCGGGUCUCGAUCAAGCCCUGAUCGAUGCCCUUCCCGUGUUCCUCUACAAAGAGAUCAAAGGGUCCAAAGAGCCGUUCGAUUGCGCGGUGUGUCUCUGCGAAUUCUCGGAAGACGAUAAGCUCAGAUUGCUUCCGAUUUGCAGCCACGCUUUCCACAUCGAUUGUAUCGACACGUGGCUGCUCUCGAACUCGACGUGCCCGCUCUGUAGAGGAACCCUUUAUCCGUUAGGGCACCAAUUCGAAAACCCGGAUUUCAAUUUCGGGUUUUUCGCCGGAGAAGAUGGAGAGAGGGCUUCUCCGGGGGAGAAAUCGGCGGAGAGUGAUAUCAUGAGUGGGAAGAGAGUGUUCUCAGUGAGGCUUGGGAAGUUCAGGAGCAGUAAUAUUAAUGAAGGUGAAGGAGGAGGAGGAGGAGGAGGAGAGACAAGUGGGUGUGUGAGUGUGAACAGUAGUCUUGACAACAGGAGAUGUUUCUCAAUGGGGUCUUAUCAGUACAUAGUGGCUGAAUCAGAUCUGGUGGUUGCUUUGUGUCCUAAUAAUGAAGGUUUGAAGAAUGUGAAAGGAGAGAGUGAGAGUAAUGUUGAAGGGAAGAAGCUUAACAUGAGAAGCAAAGGUGAGAGCUUUUCUGUGUCGAAGAUUUGGCAAUGGUCUAAUAAAAGAUCAAAGUUUGCAAACCAAGCAGAAACCAAUCUAGUGGGUUCUUCUUCUGCAUCUUCCUCCUCUUAUGCUUGUUCUGGUAGUACAGUUGGUGCUGGAUUAUCAUUGAAUGGAAGGAGAUUUCAGGGGCCAUGAUAAGAGAUCAUGGGGUUAGGUACAGAUCAAGGUGUAGCUAAUUUUCUGCUGUUGAUUUAAUUAAAUCAUUGAUUUUGAGUUUUUUUUUUUCUUUCUGAAAUUCAUUUUGUCAACACUAUAUACUGUAGUGGUGGUCUUUUGUGUCUUUGUAGCUGAAUCUCUUUGUGUUUGUUAAGAGGAGAAUAAGCUUUGUUCUUUGAUUAAGUUUUAUGUGAUGCUUAUUUUAAUCCCCAA